CCCCGCGCCUCCGCACGCAGACGACGCUCCCCCCCCCCCGCUCCCCAACGCAGAGACACCAUGGACGUGCGCAGAGUGUCGAACCGCGACCCGAUGGAUUAUAACCUGGACAGCAUGGAGCCCAAACACGGCAAGGCGGCGCCCUGCCAGGACGAGCGCCUGGACAGCGGCGUGGACUCCAUGAAGGAGGACGAGCUCGUGAACGCCUUCGAGGAGCUGCACGUAAAAAUGACGAGCGACGAGCUCGCGGCGGAGCACGAGCCGUGGAGAUCCGCGGUGACCGACGACGGCGACACGCUCCUCCACUUGGCCGUCAUCCAAGAAGCCGCAGAACACGCGGCUCAGAUGAUCAAACUUUCUCACCAUCACCCCUUCCUCAACGCGCAGAAUCACCAGAGACAGACGGCGCUCCACCUGGCGGUGAUCACAGAGCAGCCCGGCUUGGUGGAGCGGCUCCUGAAGGCCGGCUGUGACCCGCGUCUGGCCGACGACGGCGGCAACACGGCUCUCCACAUCGCCUGCAAGAAGGGCUCCCUGGCCUGCUUCGGCGUCAUCACCCAGAGCUGCCAGCGCCACGUCGCCUCCCUGGCGUCCUUCCCCAACUACAGUGGACACAACUGCCUCCACUUGGCGUCCAUCAACGGCUUCAUCUCAUUGGUCGAGAGCCUCGUUCGGCUGGGCGCAGACCUCAACGCGCAGGAACAGUGCAGCGGGCGGACGUCGCUCCAUCUGGCCGUGGAUCUCCAGAACCCCGCGCUGGUGCGCCGCCUCCUGGAGCUCGGCGCCGACGUGAACUGCGUGAACUACGGCGGCUUCACGGCGUACCACCUGACGUACGGGCGCCAGAGCGAGGAGAUCCGCCGGCAGCUGUACGAGAGGACGGCUCAGGAGCUCAGGCAGCUGCCCGACAGCGAAUCAGACGACAGCGAUAUGGAGGACAUGGAUUCAUCGGAGGACGAGCUGUACGAUGACAUCCAGUUCGGGAAGUAAACGGAAGCAUCCCGUCUGCCGGUGGUGUGAACGACUGUGAAGCUGCUGCUAUGGUGCACGGCCAAACCCCCCCCAGCGAGGGACCACGAGUGCUGGUCCUGGGACCAAAGGAACGUGGCUCGUGACGGUGUCCGGUCUGGUCUAGCCGGGUUCGGAUCACAGAACGAUCCGAAACGACCACCAUGUAGACCAUCUGUAUACUGUAAUGUACUGUGUGUACUCCAGACAAGAUGUGUGUAAUAUAUUGUAAAUGCAGAGAUAUUAUUUUUGUACUUGUACAUAUGUGUGAAUUUAAACACUAUCAAGAAAAAUGUGUUCUGAAUAAAAGGAAGUUUAUAAAAUAUCA